AUGUCACUCCCCGGCGCUCUCACCGCGAGCUCAUUCGCCGUCCUCCUCCUCCUCGCCCUCUCCACGUGGCCGACGUGCCACGCCACCCACAACAUCACCGCCAUCCUCGCGGCGCGCCGGGACAUGUCCGAGUUCAGCCGCCUCCUCACGACGACGGGCCUGGCGGACGAAAUCAACGAGCGCAACACCAUCACGGUCCUCGCGGUCGACGACGCCGACAUGGCUCCGCUCAGGGCGCGUCAUCUCCCGCGGGAAGCGCUCCGGCACGUGCUCUCCAUGCACGUCCUCGUCGACUACUACGACCACGACAAGCUGCACCGCCUCCCGGGCGGCUCCGCGGACGUGUCCACCCUGUUCCAGGCCUCCGGCGACGCGCCCGGCAGCGCCGGCAUGGUGGAGAUCUCCGAGCGCCGGGGCGGGAGCGUGGCCUUCGUGCCUCAGGACGCCGGCGACGACGCGCGCGCCACCAGCGUGCUCUUCGUCAAGCCCAUCCACGAGGAGCCGUACAACAUCUCGGUGCUGCAGGUGGGCGCCGUCAUGUCGUCCCCGGCCGCCGAGGCGCCCUCGUCGCCCGAGACUUCAACUCCAACCUCAAGGCACAACGCCACCGACGUCGUGCCCAAGACCAAGAAAGGGACCGGGUCAGCGGACGACGCCGCCGACGCGCCUUCGGCGGACGACGGGGACGACGAACGAGAGGACCAUGCGAAGAAGAACGGCGCGAUCAGCGCGGCUCCCGGCCGGCUAUCCUUGGCUCUGGCGUUCCUGCUGGCGAUCAAGAUCGUCGUGCGCGUUUGA